AUGGAUACUGGACAAGGGUCGCCAUCGGAUGUGCCGCUCGAUGAACUCGGCCGAGAGGAUGCCGGACAGACAGCGUUACCUAUGUCUCGAGUGAAAACCAUUAUUGGAACGGUUCCCGACGCUCUGCCGCUCUCCCCGGAGGCGUUGUUCUGUAUUGCAAAAGGCGCGGAGUUGUUUAUGGAGCAUUUGGUGAAGAGUGUCGCUCAGCAGUAUGGAGAGCACAUUGACUACGAUGAAGUGGCCGAAUAUGUAUUGGAGAAUGAUGAACUCGAGUAUUUACAUGACUUCUUCCCGAGGCGUCAAACAUAUGAGGCGGCUCUUAGGCAGUUAAAAGCUAGAGAAGAAGAGUAG